UUUACAAACAUGGCUUCAGUGGAUCCUGUUCGAAGAAAACUGUAGGUUGGAAAAGGCUGGAAAAAUGAUCAUUUGACAGAAGAGGAUGCCAAAGAUAAGCGACGCGCUGUGGGAGUUGGCCGCCGCGGAGGUGCGCGCGCGGGAGCGCGAGGUGAGCGAGGGUCUCGCGGAGCCGCGCGCGGAUCCGUCGGCAGUGUGCGAGAGGACGCUCUUCUUCAUGGGCAGCAAGGCAGGGGGAAAGACAACAAUUGUGCUACGAUGUCUUGACAGGGAUGAGACACCCAAGUCGACACUAGCGUUAGAGUACACCUUUGGAAGAAGAGCACGUGGACACAACACGCCCAAGGACAUUGCUCACUUCUGGGAGCUGGGAGGUGGGACCUCCUUGUCAGACCUCAUCCAGAUCCCAAUCACAGUACAAAACGUGGGUGCCCUGUCAGUGGUGCUGGUUCUGGAUCUGUCCAAGCCCAGCGUGCUGUUUGGAACCGCAGAGCGACUGCUGCAGGUCACCCGGGCCAAAGUGGACCAAGUAUUUUCUGACCUGCAGAGGACAGGCGAGUCCAAGUCUGGCAAGCCACCUGCACCAAACAGAGCCCCACGCAUCCUCCACAAGGACCAUCCGGACCGUGAACUCAUAAAUCCGUUCCCAGUUCCAUUGCUCAUCAUUGGCAGCAAAUUUGACAUUUUUCAGGACUUUGACUCUGAGAAAAAGAAGGUGAUCUCCAAGACCCUGCGAUUCCUUGCUCAUUAUUAUGGAGCAUCUUUAAUCUUCACCAGCACUAAGUCAGAGAAUCUGAUGGCAAAGACCAGGGGUUUGGUCACUCAUCUGGCCUUUGGAAUGGAGAGAGGGAAGACUGUGUCCGUUGACCCUAGUAAGCCCCUGAUAAUUCCGACUGGAAUGGACUCCUUCAGUCAGAUUGGUUCUCCACCGAUAACAGAUGUUGACAUUGGGACUCUUCAUGCCAGAAAUCCUUUGGACCUGUGGAAAAAAGUUUUUGAAAGAGUUUUUCCUCCCGAGAGCACCAGUGACCUCAAAGAGCUGAAGGACCCAGCUAAAGAUCCUCAGUAUAGUGAGGCUCAGAUUGACUCCAUGAGAGCACAGAAAGACCAGGAGCUGGAACAGUACAAGAAAAAUGCUUCAAAGUCAUGGAAGGGCAUAGAUUUUGAGUCCCAGAAGAGCUAAGGUUUGGUUCAGAGCUGGUGGAGCUCACAGGGAGACCAGAAGACCGACAUCAGAGAGCAGAGGACACCAUCAAAAACUGGGCACAAAAUGAACUCAUUCAAUAAUAUUGGUCAUUCAUAAUACUGUAUAAUGUAAGGUUAAAAACUUCUUAUAGUUUGAACAUGUUGAAAAGAUGUAUCAAAAUUGUCUAAGUAUUUUUGUCUUCAGGGAGAUUAAUUUCAAUUGGCACACUGGUGCAAGGCAUCACAGGUUAAAGGGCAACUCAAAUGAACCAUGUGUUAUUGUAAAAGAGUUAUAGGGUCAUAAAAAAACCACCUCUAAAAUAAAUUACUAUUCAAAGCUCUAUACAGUAAAAAAAGUUGCAAAACAUGCCAAGCAAAAAUAAUUG